AUGGCGUCCCGGAGACUCGCUCUGAACCUCGCGCAGGGCCUUCGCGGCCGCGCUGGAGGUCUUUCGCUACCGUCCAGGCGAGGUCUCGCAACGCCGCACUCGUCGCCUGCGAUCAAGACCGAGACCACCACACUCAAGAAUGGCCUGACCGUCGCGACUCAGUACUCGCCCUAUGCCCAGACCUCGACCGUCGGCGUUUGGAUCGAUGCCGGCUCCCGCGCCGAGACCGCCGAGACCAACGGCACCGCCCACUUCCUCGAGCAUCUCGCCUUCAAGGGUACCUCGAAGAGGACACAACACCAGCUGGAGCUUGAGAUCGAGAACAUGGGCGGCCACUUGAACGCCUACACCUCGCGCGAGAACACCGUCUACUUUGCCAAGGCCAUGAACGAUGACGUCCCCCAGUGCGUCGACAUCCUGCAAGAUAUCCUCCAGAACUCGAAGCUCGAGGAAGCCGCUAUCGAGCGGGAGCGCGAUGUCAUCCUGCGCGAGUCUGAGGAGGUGGAGAAGCAGGUCGAGGAGGUCGUGUUUGACCACCUCCAUGCCACCGCCUACCAGGGCCAGUCCCUUGGCCGCACCAUCCUUGGCCCCCGCGAGAACAUCCGCGACAUCACCCGGACCGAGCUUUCCAACUACGUCAAGAACAACUACACGGCCGACCGCAUGGUCCUCGCUGGCGCCGGCGGUAUCCCCCACCAGCAGCUCGUCGAGAUGGCCGACCGGUACUUCUCCAAGCUCCCGUCCAAGAGCCCCGAGACCAGCGCCUACGCCCUGUCCAAGAAGAAGCCCGACUUCAUCGGCUCUGACGUCAGGAUCCGCGACGACACCAUCCCCACCGCCAACAUUGCGAUCGCCGCCAUCGUCGGCAACUACGACAAGGCCCUCGGUAACGCCCCCCACCAGGGUAGCAAGCUCAGCGGCAUCGUCCACAAGAACGACCUGGCCAACAGCUACAUGAGCUUCUCCACCAGCUACAGCGACACUGGUCUCUGGGGUAUCUACUUGGUCACCGACAAGCUCGGGUCCGUCGAUGACCUGGUGCACUUCGCGCUCCGUGAGUGGUCGCGCCUGUCGAGCAACGUGACCGAGGCCGAGGUCGAGCGCGCCAAGGCCCAGCUCAAGGCGUCCAUCCUUUUGGCCCUGGACGGCACCACCGCCGUCGCCGAGGACAUCGGCCGCCAGAUCGUCAACACGGGCCGCCGCAUGAGCCCCGGCGAGAUCGAGCGCGUCAUCGACGCCAUCACCGAGAAGGACGUUAUGGAGUUUGCCAACCGGAGGCUUUGGGACCAGGAUAUUGCCAUCAGUGCUGUCGGCAGCGUCGAGGGCCUCUUCGACUACGCGAGAGUGCGGGCCGACAUGAGCAGGAACUUUUAA